AUGCCUGGUACCUACGAAGAUUUAGUUAAAUAACUUCUGUCCAAAUAGUUUAGCAGUUGUAUGAAACAUUUUAUAGACAUAUAAGCCCAUGCAAUAUUUAGGGAUGAGAAAAGCUCUGCCUGUGUCUGACCCUGCUGACCAACUGUUUUCUCAUCUCUAGUGUGUAGAUAUUGCUGUUGACUAAAAAGCUCAUAGAACAACAACUCUAAAUAAGAAAGGAUGCAUCGACUCUGAGGCAUUGAUGAUCCUCUCGCAAAGACAGGAUGCCCUACCACUGUGUUGCAUACGGAUGCGGCAAAACUGCAGAAGACGGUGUGACACUGUUUAAAUUCCCUAAGGACCCUGAGGAGUUUCACAAAUGGGAGAAGCAGGUCCAGCGCACCCGUACCCAGUGGGUCGCCACACCCAACUCUCACCUCUGCAGCGAGCAUUUUGGCAAGGAGUACUUUGAGCCCAGAUCCUCCACAGGGGCUCUAAAGCUGAGGCCGGGAGCUGCUCCUACAGUGUUCGUCCGUCCGCACUGUUCCUCCUGCAGUGGAGUGGGCUGUAGUAAGUGCCUGCCUGCUAUCCAGCGCCGGGGCAUAACAGCUGAGCCAAGAGAGCGUACCAAGAGUGCAGAAUACAGUGAAAUGGCGCCCGUUCAGAUUGAUGAUAAUGAUGGAGGAGGUGACAAAGAACAUCCGACAGCAGGAAGGGUGAAGCCAGGCGAAAAAAACAGAGAAGAAAGACCUGUGGUGUGUGAGAUGUGUGGCACCACUGGCAACAUUACCACCUUCUUUUCAAAGACCAAGCGUUUCUGCAGUUUAUCCUGUUCACGUUCCUAUUCAUCAAACUCCAAGAAGUCCUCCAUACUGGCACGUCUGCAGGGAAAGCCCCCCUCAAAGAAAGCCACGGUGCUAAACAAGGUGAACAAGGCCGCUCCAGCCCCAACUGGACUGGAUGUAUCUGCUGCAGGUUUUGAUUGGGGUGCCUACUUGGAGAAGGAAACAUCUCUGGCUGCAUCAGUGUCCUGCUUCAGACAUGCUCCCCUGUGUGCCCAAUGGGAUGACAUCACCGUAGGGAUGAAGGUGGAGGUCCUGAACACAAACGCAGUCCUGCCCAGUAAAGUCUACUGGAUUGCUACUGUCAUCCAGAUUGCAGGAUACAAAGCCCUGUUGAGAUAUGAAGGCUUUGAGCACGACAGCAGCCAUGAUUUUUGGUCCAGUCUUGUUUCGGGAGAGCUGAGCCCGAUUGGAUGGUGUGCCAUGACGAGCAAGUUGCUGGUGCCACCACAAGAUGUGAAGCAGAACAUCCCAGAUUGGAAAGAGUAUCUGAUGGGAAAGCUGGUGGGGGCCAACACUCUACCUGUUGACAUCUACCUGAAGUUGGCAGAGAGCAUGAAGACCUUUUUCAGAAUAGGUAUGCGUGUGGAGGUGGUGGACCCCAAACACGUGAGUCGGACUCGUGUGGCCAUCAUAGACUCGAUUAUUGGUGGCCGUCUGAGGCUGGUGUAUGAAGACCAAAGCGACGCCCCCGAAAAUGCAAUCUCUGAUUUCUGGUGCCACAUGUGGAGUCCCCUCCUGCACCCGAUCGGCUGGUCCAAAAGAGUGGGUCAUGCCAUUAAAGCACGUGGAAACAGUGCGGAAGCUGCUGCCAGUGGUUUGAGGGGUAACUGUGACAGUACGUUCCUGCUCUUUAAAAAGCCCAGGUUUGUCUACAUGGAGGGAAGUUUCUUUGAGGAAGGAAUGAAGCUGGAGGCCAUUGACCCUCUCAACCUGGGAAGUAUCUGUGUGGCCACUGUACACAAGGUGCUGUUAGAUGGCUACCUGAUGGUGGGGAUCGAUGGCACCAUAUCAAACAACGGCUCUGACUGGUUUUGUUACCACGCCUCAUCUCAUGCCAUCCUUCCUGUAGACUUCUGCAAAAAGAACAACAUCCCUCUCACGGUACCCCAGGGUUAUGACUCUCAGACCUUCACCUGGGAGAAAUACCUUAAGGAGACCAAAGCUAAAGCUGCACCGGCACGACUGUUCAAUGCUGACUAUCCGGGCCACAGCUUCUCGCCCAACAUGAAGCUGGAGGCGGUGGACUUGAUGGAGCCGCGCCUGGUGUGUGUGGCCACCGUGAAGCGCUAUGUGGGCCGCCUGUUGCUUAUCCACUUCGACGGCUGGGAGGAUGAGUUUGACCAGUGGAUCGACCACCAAUCCCCAGACAUCUACCCGGUCGGCUGGUGUGAACUCAUGGGCUACCAGCUCCAGCCACCUCCUGGACUCGCUGAUGUAAACGAAAACCAGGCAGCACAAAACAAGAAAUGCAUUGGGAAAAGGAAAAAGAGGAAUGCAAAGAAGAGGCUCUCUCAGGACCAAGCUAAAGAUGACACUGGUCAGGAGCCUGAGGUCCUUGGCGCUGACGGUCCUUCAGGGAUGGAAGGCCUCCGUCUUCCUCCAAAAAUGCCUCUCAUCCAGCCGAAGACUGAGCCAGAGGAGCAUGAGAUCUUUGCAGUGCAGGUGAAAGUGGAGGAGGUGGAGAUGGAAACCCCCAUUGCCCCUGUAGACAACCCUCAACAAGUCUCUCUGGGUAUAAUCAAACAGGAGGAGGGAGGAGGGCACAGUAAGUCAAGACUACAACAGGCAGCAGAGCAGUGCAGCUUGGAAAACGUAUCGCAUGAAAAGACAGAGCAGAGUGAAACUGCAGCAGGAAGAAGUGAAGAGUCGGGAUCACUGGAAGUGAGCUUUACUGGGGAAAGCAGCAUGCAGCAGAGUGAAAACAAAAAAGCAGUGGUGUAGAGGGGAGACAAAGGCUGGACCAGGAGGAGUGAAGCCAAGGAGAUGACAUUGGGAUGACCCUGAAGGAAAACCACUGAAAAAAGACAAAAGCAGGCUGGGAUAUUUAGAGCAAAUAAAAAAAAUACACUGGUGGUUUGAAGUAUGAUCCGUGAGAUUUCAGUCCUGGUUGAUAUGGUGACACGCGAGUUAACUGCAAGUGCUGGUCUCAGAAAGUUGGGUGCAAUCAAACAAACUGAUGUUUUAAUAGAGAAGUCAGACAAAAAUAAUUAGAGGAGUUUUAAAAAGAGAUACUUGUUCCAUUGCUACCUGCAAUAUUUAAAACUGACCCUCAGUCAAAAACGCUCAGAAUGACAGUCGUCUCAUUUUGCACACGCAUUUUCUAAGAACAGCGGCACUAUGAUGGCAGAUACAUUGCAUUUUCUAGGACUGCUUCACAAUAAAAGAACAAAGUGAACUCGCAGCAGUAGGAAAUGGUGGGUUGGCAUUAAAACUAGAUUUUCCGUGUAAAAUUUACAUCUGUUACAUUCAAGCCCUUUGCCAAACGAGUUAAGUGAAUGCUGAUUAAACCUAUCACCGCCCGAUAAAUCUCUGUAUUCGCAGUAGAACAGUUUUUUAAAGCUGUGGCAACGUUCCCACACUGGCUCACCGCCGUCGCCGGUAGUGAUGUGUUCUGUCAACCAGCAGUGAUUGCUUUCCCAGAGCUGAAGGGAGCAACAGCAGCAGCUCAGGAUGGCAGAGCCUAUUCGUCAUAAGCACGUAAACAUUGAGGCUGAUAUCAAUGAUAAAUUACACAGUAACGCUGGAUUACAUGCAAGCAUGUUUCCUGUGAAUGUCUUGGCUUGGAUAGGCAGUUUGAAUCCAGAGCAGGAAUGGCAGCCUCUGCCACUACCAAUAAAAACUACAAUAUAGAGAAGUAAUUAUAGAACAUAACUGCAAUACUGACUAUAUAGUAUUAAAAACAGGGUUUGAUUUUAUGAACAUCUUAAGGGUCAUAAAUUUAAAUACUCUAAAUACCUUACUGACUGCAUAUGUUUCACAAGGACCAGCUUAACCAGUUUUAAAACUACCUCACUUCCUCCAUGUUGUCAGACAAACCUGUAAAUAAGACUCUGAAGGUCUUCAUGUUUGAUCAUUCUGGGAUGAUAUAGCAGACAAAUGGUUGUUGUAAUGUUUUAUUUUUUUCCUGUUUUAUAUCCAGAUGUAUUAUUUUUUGUAAAUAUGAAAUCACUGAUAAAAAAAAAAAAUGCUGUUCCUCAA